AGAUGCUCAGAGCUGUGAAAGUGACGGAUGGUGCAUACACUCUGAGGGAAUUUUUUUUUUUCCAGACAUGAAGCAAAUGAUCUAAUUUUGAGUGUUAAGCUCAGCUAGAAUUUAUUGUAACACUGGGACAGAAAUACACACAAAUCAUAAUUACAGCCUGGGAUUUUUUUUUUAUUAUUAUUAUUUUUUUUUUUUAGAAAAAGUGUUAAUUUACUGCCUCACUGAGUGAAAAAGAGCAAAGAAUGAUCUUGCUCUUCAUCACGUUUUUUGGUCUCGUUCAUUCUGUACUGGGCGAUUGUGAAACAGGAUGGAGGGAGUACGAGGACAGGUGUUACUAUUUCUCCACUGAUACAAAGACAUGGCAUGAGGCUCUGGACGAGUGUCUGAGAAAAGGAAGUCAUCUGAUGAGCAUCAUGAACCUUCAUGAGAGGACGUGGGUCAGUUCACAGCUCGGCCACAAUAUAUUCUGGAUCGGCCUGAACGAUAUCGCCUCUGAGGGGAACUGGGAGUGGAGCGAUGGCAGCAUUUAUUACCCAUACCUGGAGUACUGGAGACCAGGACAGCCAGAUAACUAUAAUGACAACGAGGACUGUGGACAAGUGGAGGGGAACAGCAAUGGCCGCUGGAACGAUGAGCACUGCACAGCAUCACGGCAGUACAUCUGCAAACGAGACAACCCAAAUCCUCCUGUGUUGUGUGACAUGGCAAAUCAUUGGGAACAGUUUGGUUCUAACUGCUACAAACUACACCACACACUGAGGAAGAGCUGGAUCUCUGCCCGGAGUGAGUGUUUGAAGGAGGGAGCUGACUUGGUGUCCAUCGAAUCAGCAGAAGAGGAGCAGUACGUAUUAGGUCUGGAUCCGUCCACGUAUGACCUGUGGCUCGGCUACUCCACCCUGAAAUGCACCUCAAUAUCCUGUCAAGUUCAGCCAAACAGCACCACGUUCAGUUGGUCUGAUGCAGCUACCUUCAGCUACACACACUGGGCUCAAGAGCAGCCCGAUCUCACCGAUAAGCAGAACGGCCUGUGCGCUGGUCUCAUCAAGUCAGGAGAUGUUUACGGGAAGUGGAGGACUCACCUGUGUCGCUCUGAACAUCCAUACGCAUGCAAGAGGGCUUUAAACACCAUUUGCCCGCUCGGCUGGAUGAGCUUUAAAGGGAGCUGCUAUUUGGUGGUGUCCAACAGCCAUCUGAUGACCAGCUGGCACGAGGCUCUGACCAGAUGCAGCAGCAUGGGAGCCAACCUUCUGACCAUCAAAAAUGAAGAGGAGCAAUACUUCAUCAACGCUAUGCUUCCCGACCUCCACCAGGUCGGCAUUCCAAACGUCUGGCUCGGAGUUUCAGAUAUGGACCAGGACGGCACAUUUCGAUGGGUGGAUAAGACAAAUAUCGAGUUUUCCAACUGGAGCCCUAAUUUCCCGAAGAACACGGAUAAGUUGUGGGACUGUGGACAGAUUUACACAGGGAAUUAUGCUGGGAAAUGGGAGACAGCAAACUGCUUUAAGGUCCAGGCGUACAUCUGUAAGCUGUUGGGGGGUCAGAACGUGAAACCUACAGCUGCUCCAGAAUUUCACUGUGAUCAGGGAUAUCUUCUCUACGGGGAUUAUUGCUAUCACUUUGAGAGUGAAUCGGUUAAAACGUGGCAGGACGCUGAAAACUAUUGCGUCUCCCAGAACGGACACCUGGCCAGCAUCCACAACCAGGAGACAGUCAGCUUCAUAACAGCUCACAUUACCAGAGCUUCCUGGAUCGGACUUAAUGACAUCCAGCAAGAGGGGAACUUUAAAUGGUCUGACGGAACGCCUUCCGAGUUCUUGCCGUGGGGCGAGGGACAGCCGGAUAACUGGGACGAUGAGGACUGCGUGCAAAUCCGCGGCACGGAGCACUUCGAGACGGGAAAAUUCAACGAUAUACAGUGCUCUAACACCUACCCGUUCAUCUGCCAGAAAGGUAAAGGUGUUGGUCCUCCACCAGUUCCACCCACCUCCGGACCAGGUUGGAAUGAGAAGUGUGGUUCGUGGAUUCCUGACCCCUUUAAUGAUUACUGCUAUCACAUUAUUCCAUUCUCCCUGCGAAAGUGGGCUGAGGCUCGUGCUGACUGUGUGUAUCAGGGAGGUGACCUUGCCAGCAUCACUGAGCCCUUUGAGCAGGGCUUCAUUCAGGCUCAAAUCCAGUCGAUUCCCUCGGGCGUGUCUCUGUGGAUUGGAGCGCACGACUCUGUCACAGAGGGAGGAUGGGAGUGGAUGGACAGAUCUCCCUUCCGUUAUAUUAACUGGUCUCCAGGGAACCCGGAUGAUUACGGCGGUGAGGACUGCCUCUCCAUCUACAUCAACAGCGGCCUAUGGAACGACGACAACUGCGAUCAUCGCCGAGGCUACAUCUGCAAACGCCGCGGAAAUACACCAGAUCCUCCACCACCUCAUGACGGCUACCUGACAGCGUACACAUGUGAAGGCUCCUCCAUGGUGCUCCACUGUCCCACAGACAGCGUCAUCAACAUCCAGUCUGCUUUCUACGGCCGCCGCAGUGACAAAAUCUGUCCCUACAUGGAAGGGAGCCAAGGUAAUUGCGAGGUCCCGGGGACGUACGAACGUGUCAGGAAACAGUGUGACAACCAUCAGUUCUGCUUCUUCUUCGCAUACGUGGAUAACGACCCGUGUCCGUCCAUUUCGAAAUACCUGGAGGUGGUGUACAGCUGUGAGCAGAACGUGUGUGUGAGAGGUCUAGGAGUUGAAGAUGGCAACAUUACAGACUCGAUGCUCUCUGCUUCCUCAUCGAUGGCUGGACAAGAACCGGCAAAAGCUCGACUCAAUGGAAACUCCUGCUGGAUGCCUUCCAGCACCGGUACUUCCUGGAUCCAGGUGAGCCUACCUAAGUUGAAGAAGAUCACGGGGGUGGUGAUCCAGGGCUGCCCCACUAAUGAUCACUGGGUGACCAUGUUUAAAGUCCAGACCAGCUUGGACGGAUUCUCCUGGACCGACUACGCCGUCGACGGAAAGGUAGAGGAGUUCUUUGGUACAGUGGACAGAAGUUCUCCUGUUACUCAGCUGUUCGGGAACCCCGUGUCUGUGAAGUACAUACGGAUCGUCCCAUCAGAGUGGCACAACCAGGCCGGUCUACGGUUCGAAAUCCUCGGCUGCACGCCGGACUAUGCCAUUAAUUGUGGAACAAAACCCGACUUGGACCACUCUGUAGACAGACUGACAGUCCACUGCCCUGCUGGUUGUGCGAAUGGAGACUACAGUGUGUUUGGAACCAUUACUUACCGAGGGGACUCUACGAUCUGCGCAGCUGCGAUUCACGCCGGUGUGGUUCUCAACGAGAUGGGAGGAGACUGCACCGUCCUUAAAGCUCCAGGACAGAACUUCUACAGUGGCUCCAGCAGGAACGGCAUCACCUCCAAGCAAUACAGUGGAACUUACUCUGUGUCCUACCAGUUUGCUGAUGGAGAACUCAGAUGUUCAGGAAACGACUGGUACGAAUUUGGCGAGUUCUGCUACAAACCCUUCCUGGAGAAGAAGACAUGGCACGAGGCUCAGUCUGCAUGCAGGAGGCACGGCGCAGAGCUCGUCUCUAUCAUGUCCCUGACGGAGCAGAGCUGGAUCGAGAGCUACCUCUACAUGGCCACCAGUGAUGUCUGGAUCGGACUGAAUGAUCUGGAGUUCUCAGGAUACUUCACCUGGUCAGACAGACACGAGGUGAAGUUCACGUACUGGGCUCCCGGAGAACCCAACAACCAUCUGGGCUUUAAGGAGGACUGCGUGGAGAUGUACCAUCAGACGGGUCGAUGGAACGAUGUAACCUGCACUGAACUGAACACCUACAUCUGUAAAACGCCUAAAGGCCAUUACCCUCUGCCCUCCAUUAAACCCACUGUGUACGGCUGCCUUCAGGGCUGGGAUGCUUUUGAGUACUCUUGUUACUGGUUUGAGGAGACAGCCAUGACCCGUGCUGAGGCCAAGGCUUUUUGCGAGAGUAAAAGCAGCACUCUCCUUCACAUAAUGGAUGUGUACGAGCAGGCCCACUUCACCGCAUUUCUAAGCGCUUACUCGGGUACCUGGUGGAUUGGUCUGAGAGCGAAGGGUGAAUUAGGAGGAGUGGAUUAUCAGUGGGAUAACGGAGCGUCACUCCUCUACACCCACUGGGACAGAGACUAUCCUGAUGAUAGCAAAGGCGACUGUGUCACCAUGACGACGAAGCCUAUCACAGGUUUAUGGAGAAACCAGAACUGUGACCACUCGCAUCCAUUCGUCUGCGAAUCGCCUAGAAAUGGCAUCUCCCCGUCCACUCAUGCACCGACUCCGCCCCCCGCCACUGGGUGUGCUGAUGGCUGGUCCAGCAAGCCACACUUCAGGCAGUGCUACAGGCUCUUCACGGUGGAUUAUUCCAAAAAGAAAAGCUGGACAACAGCUCGAGACGACUGUUUGUCCCGCGGAGCCAACCUCAUCAGCAUCCAUAACGUAGAGGAGGAGAUCUUCAUAGCCACCUACACCAAAGGGAAGACGCAGUGGAUUGGUUUGACCCAAGACCCCACGAGCGGAGGUUAUCACUGGAGCGACGGUUCACCUGUCACUCACACGAACUGGGGCGACGGUGAGCCGAAUGACCACGGAGGUCGGGAGAAUUGUGUGGAGUUGGUUACCACGACGAACGGCACGUCCUUCUGGAACGACCUCACCUGUGACGCCCAUCUGGAUUGGGUGUGCAUGAUCGCCAAGGGCAAGCCACCCAUCAUCCCCCCAGUGCCUCCUCCACCUAUACCAGCCCCUGACUGCGGAGACAAUCCCGGCUGGAGGAAGAACAACGGCAUCUGUUAUUACUACAACGACACGGACGUGGUGGACUUCCACACCGCCCUGACCAGGUGCUACGCUGAGAAAGCGCAGCUCGUCUCCAUCCUGGACCAGCAGGAGCAGACGUUUGUGGUGUCCAUGGUAGGAACAGGAAAGAUUGCCUCAGCGUGGAUCGGGUUGCGGAUGUUCGGAGUCGUAGAAGGAGAGUACUUGUGGGUGGACGGGUCUCCGGUGACAUACGUGCACUGGGCACCAGGAGAGCCCAAUAACGCUGACGGAGAGGAACAGUGUGUGCAGAUGCAGAGAUAUCCAGGCACGUGGAACGACGUGAACUGCGGCCGGGACAUCGCAGGCUACGUGUGUAAGAAACUGCCAGGAGAUCAUCACACUCCCCCGCCACCUACCCCCGCGUGGGACGGGAACUGCCCUUCUGGGUGGCUGCGUUUCCAUAACAAGUGCUACAUUAUCAGAGGGAGGUAUACACACAAUGAGGAAAAAGCCAACUGGACUUACGCGCGAGACUGGUGCAAAGAACACGAAGGACACCUUGUCGUCAUCGACGACAUCAACGAGAACGAAUUCGUGGCUAGUUAUCUGAGAGACGUGAGCCACGCGGCAUGGAUCGGUCUGUCUGAUCGGCUUCAUGAGGGGAAAUUUGCUUGGAGUGAUGGAGUGAGUCCGGUCCUGUUCACCAACUGGGCUGAUAAAGAACCCGACAACAACGAAGGCGAGGAGCACUGUGUGUCCAUGGCUCAUAACCACCGAGUUACAGGUCGCUGGAAUGACGAGAAGUGUGACGAGAAAAGAAGCUGGGUGUGCUACAGAAAGAAAUCCAGCAAUCUUCCUCCUCCUCCUCCCACGAGCAGUCCCUGUCACUCAGACUACAUCUCCUGGUAUAAGAACUGCUAUAAGCUGGUGUCGGAGCCGAAGCCGUGGGACGAGGCACAGGCCGCUUGUGAGAAGGAGGGAGGAAACCUGGCCAGCGUGGAUAUGAGCUAUGACCAGGCCUUCAUCUCAGCAGCGCUGCAGCAGAAUAAAGAGGACACAUGGAUCGGACUCAGACGCAAAGAGGACGACAACACGUACCGGUGGUCUGACGGCUGGCCGGUGUUCUACACGCACUGGGGUCCGGGAGAGCCAACCAAUCACAAAGAAGAGGGCUGUGUGAGCAUGCACGGCCGUUCCCACUUCAUCCAGGGCACGUGGAACGACACGGAUUGCAAAGUCGCUAAGCCGUACCUCUGCAAGAUCUCACAUGAGUCACCUCCUCCAACCCCGCCUCCAGGGGACGGUGAGUGUUUGCCAUUCUGGCACGCGUACGGAAGUUACUGCUACAUCGUGUUCAAUGACAAGCAGGGCCGCUCCUGGCCCGAGGCACGACACCUCUGCCAGGAGAUCCCAGGGAGCGACUUGGCGUCGGUACACAGCAGAGCCGAGGUGGAGUUCCUCACCAAAACCAACAACACCGGAAUCCAUCACUUAUGGCUCGGCCUCUCCAAGGACGCCUCAUACGGCUGGGCCUGGACGGAUCUGAGCGCGCUGGGUUUCACCAAUUGGGCUCAGGGCGAACCGAACGGCGACGGACACGCCGGGACUCGAGAGGACUGUGUGGAAAUGUACAAGGACGGAAAAUGGAACGACAACAGCUGCUUGGAGAAGAGAGGCUUCGUCUGCAAACGCCACCAGCAUUAUUCCACAGGAACUCAUGAAAAAACCAGUGCUACCGUUUCUCCAACCCUUCAUCCAGCAGGAGCCAUCACCGGGGCUGUAAUCGGAGCUGUGCUGGCCGUGGCGGUCGUCGUGGCCGCGUUAUACUACAUCUUCAAGGUGAAAGGAGUGAAGCUGAGCAGUGUCAGUCUCCCGAGCAGCAGCAGAAAUCACGUCGACGUGCCCGCUUUCAACAACCCGAACUUCAGCGGCGAAUCAGACACAUGAAAUCGUGAAGUGGGCGUGGCUAAAAGUUGUACAGAAAGCCGCUAAACCUCAGAGAAUUCCGACAUGUGAUCAAAUCGUAAUCUGUGUGUUUUAGCUUUUUUUUUUUUUUUUUGGAGUUCAAAUGUUUUUGAAAGGUAAUUUUUUUUUUAGAUUAUAUCAAAGCUAGAGAGAAAAGGUAGGAAAAAAAGUUAAAUGUUAAAAAUUCAAAUGUUGCUUGUAUGUACAUUUAAAU